AUGAAUCGUGGGCAAGACAAUCCUGACGGCCAACGGCAACGAUGGCCUGCCGGCGGCCCUGUCGGCAAGAUGGUGCGAGGCAUUGCGGCCGGGAUAGGUCUUGCGUCCGAGACCUACCACCACCACAAAGCGAAUAAAGCCUCCAAAACGCAGGCGGGAAGGGACGCCGACAGUGAUACCGCGAUGGUGGCCCAGGAUGAAGCCGAACAGCGCCAUGACGCUCACUUGUUACAAGAAGUGGAUGAGGUUGCCUGGGAGUUGGAUGAAGCACAAGACCAAGUAACGGGCCAAUCAUCCGAGCCACAUGCAGCUACAGAAGAGGAGGUCACUGGGCUUGCCGACUCGUUUCUCGACACUCAUGCUCAGGCCCCGGCGUAUUCCCCAGGCCAACUAUCUCUUCCCGUCGUCAUCACCCAACGGCGCCCUGGGUCUCGCACAAAAGGAUUUGUGCGCGCCUACUCACCCGUUCUUGCCGAUGUGGGCAUUGACCAGGCUACAUUCCUCGACUUUCUGGACAAGCUCAACAAAUCCGUCCAACCCAGCCCUUGGAUUCAAGCUAUAAACUUGGCUGGAUUGGCGGGGAACGCAGUGCCUUUGCCCUUCAGUAUUCUUAUCAGCGUUGCUGUGAAGAAGACAACCGAUGCAGCUGGUGAGCUUCACAGUCGGUCAAAGACCAAUCGCUUUCUCGACAGGGUCAAUGAGUCAUUCUUCGCGCCUCGGGGGCUGGUGGCCCUGGUUAUGACUUGGAAGCCCAGCCAGAAAGCCAACAUGUUCACACGGGCCGAGUUUGACAUGCAGUCAUCGAUUGCGACUGCUGCGGAUGGCAGUAAGUCGCGUCGAAUGUUUGAGAGCUCGAGUGGUGCUACCUCGUUCGAGUGGCCUGAGACAGCGCCGCUUGUAUUUCCUGCUCUCGAUGAGCUGGCGGACGCUGAGGACAACGAUGAUGGCGCCGCCAAGGUCAAGAAGCAGUCAGCCAUCAAACGCAGUGGUAAAUUCGUCGGCGAAUACAUGGACAAGAGAGCCAGGGCCAAGUGGGCAGGGGAAAACCCCGAUAGCAGCAUGGCCAAUGCUACAGGCCAAGAGACAUUUUCGUCUCGAUAUGCCGAUCCCAACCACCCUGCUAGUAGUGGAGAUCCCAUCGCGUUGUUAACGGGAGGAUCUCUCCAAGCAGGACUGGGAAGAAACAUCCGGGGCAGUCCAGCAAAUGAUGCGCGAAGUGGUCUCCGCGGCCGUCAUGGCCUUGUGGGGCUUGGACGAGGGCGGGGACGGGGACAGCUCAGGAGCGGAGAAGGCUCCAGCGGAGGUAGGGGUGGCCUUCUUGGCAGUGGAAUCGGACCUCUCAGCUUGGUGAGCGGUGCUCGAAAGCUUUUGCAAGAUGACGUGCUUUACCUCAUGAUUGUGCAACGGCCGACUGAAGAGCAGAUGGCGGAGGCAAUGACUUACAUGAACUCUGUCCGGAAACAUGAGCUCUAUGGCCCGAUCAGCUCAAUCAAGGUGUUGGGACAGCUCAUAAUCAUUCUUCACGAAAAGCAGGCCGUCAUCGACAUCUUGGAGACACGUGCUCUUAAGACCGCCUCGAGGCCUCACUUGGUCUUUGCUAACGAUGUAGUGGGUUACAAGGAUAUCAUGGGCAUGAUGCCGUACAAUCGAAGGUUUCGGUUGCACCGCAAGCUUACGGCGACCCAAACUAGCAGCAAGUCAAUCACUCGCUUUGCACCUGCCCAAGAGCUAGAGGUUUCGCGGUUCCUGAGUCAACUGCUAGCCGACUCCGAAUCAGGCUCCGAUAACCUGCAGGAUCAUCUCAACCGACUAUCUGGGUCCAUAAUGCUCCGCGUUCUAUACAACUAUGAGACGCGACCAGGAGAGAACGAUCCGUUCGUCAACAGAGCGAACCAGGUGAUGGAGGAAUUCUCCAAAGCUACAAGUCCUGGUGCCUGGGUGGUAGAUCUGAUCCCAUGGCUCCGCCACCUUCCAGAGUGGGUUCCAGGGACCGGUUUCCAGAAAACAGCCAAAAUUUGGAGAAAUCAUCUCAUGCAUUCUGUCGAGGACCCUUACAACUAUGUGAGAGAGCAAAUGGCCAAAGGCAAUGACAACGUUUCUUAUGUUGCCGGCCUAAUCAAAGACGUCCAUCGACACAUCGACGCAGAGGAAGAAAGUGUCAUCAGCUGGUCUGCGGCCUCCAUGCUCAAUGCAGGUACUGAUACGACCAGUGCUGUUCUUUUCUCCUUCUUCCUCGCUAUGGUGCUCAGCCCUGACGUCCAGAAGUCAGCUCAGGAGGAGAUCGACCGUGUAGUGGGGCAAUCUCGACUGCCAUCAUUCGAGGACAAAGCCAAUCUCCCUUACGUACAGGCCAUGGUCCAGGAAACGCUGCGCUGGCACACGCUGGCACCCAUGGGAUUUCCCCACCUGACCACAGAGGAUGACAGCUACAACGGCUAUUUCAUACCCAAGAAUACCCUUAUUAUGCCUGCUGCUGCCGGGCUUGCGCACGAUCCUGCUGUAUAUCACAGUCCGGGAGACUUCCAGCCAGGUAGAUUCCUCGAGCCUCACAACGAACCACCUGCAUCCGAUGUCGUGUUUGGAUUUGGGCGGAGAGCCUGCCCCGGAAGACAUAUCGCCGAACAGACACUGUUUCUUGCUAUUGCUCAAACAUUGGCGGUGUUCCACAUUCGAAAACCAGUUGACGAGAAUGGAAAUGAUAUCAAAGUGGAAUAUCAUAUGCUACCGGGCGUCAUCUCUCGCGUCAAACCUUUUCCGUACUCAAUCACAGUCCGGAGUGACAAGCGCCGGAGCUUGAUAAAGUAG